CCAAAACAAAAGAAAAAAAUCAGCUGUCAGAUAAUUCCAUACGUUCACACUUCUCAUUACUUAUUAUUUACUUUAUUGAAAAUGGCCCAAAAACCUUCCACUGAGUCGUCUAAUGGGACGACCACCGAAAUAGUAGAUGAAACUGAUGCCACUAAUGGCACCCGCACCACACCCACUCUACAGCUGCGCCUGGAACAUCCUAGAGAUGAACGCCGGGUGGUUUUUCACGACGGAGUCAUUGACAACGAACACCUAAAUCGCAAAAAGUCCAAAUGCUGCUGCAUAUACCGAAAGCCACUGGCAUUCGGCGAGAGUUCUUCUGAGGACGAUGAAGACUGCGAGCACUGUUUUGGCCAUCCCGAGAAGCGGAAGAGGAACGCCAAGCACAACCAUAGCCACGAUCACGGGGACGGAUCAACUCCUCAGAGUUUGCUGCCGGAUGUGCCUUCUACGUCGACACAGGCCGCAGAAAUCGCUCCACCUGCAGAGCCCGUUCCCACGCCCUCCAAGCCACAAGCCCCCAACCAAGGCAACGAUUUGGAAAAGGCAGGAAAUGUGUAGGGCUAACAUAAUUUUCAAUAUGUAUAAUUUAAAAACGUUAACAAAUUCGAACCAACUAUCUUUGAACACUAAACACCAUAAAAAAAGAUAAUAUCGUCGGGCAGUUAUUCUAACUUGCGAUAAUUUAAGGCGAGAACAACCGGGUGGCAGGUUUCGGAGACCUCAGUUCUUGUGCUUGAGCUCAAAGGAUUCGCUUACGUUCACUGGGAUGUUGUACUCCUUUGCCUUGGCCCUAGAGCGCCAAACCUGUGGAAGAAAUUAAAAUAUUAACAAUAAAAUAUUAUAAUUCAGACU